CGUGGCUAUGAAUACAUACAAUAAUUAAUUGUUAUAAUAUAAUAGGCAACUAAUUAAAAAUAAUUGUAUGUUUUACAGAAAUCCGAUCGUCAACGCACAGAUAAUACAUUUUUUUUACUCUCCAAUAUUAAAUAAACUUAACGUUUUAAAAACGUAAAAAGGCGUACACACACACAUACUAAGAUGGCGAUCGAAAAAGCGACACUCGCUGAGAAGAAUAAUAUAACAGUUUAUAAUGCGACCACAAAGCCAAAUAAACCCAAACGUCGUGAUAAAAGUGACCUCGGUCCGAACUUUGUGGCACCCGAUGGCGGCUGGGGUUGGGUGGUUUGCGUAGCAGCUGGACUCAGUAAUCUCUCCAUUUUCCCUCCACUGCAGCAAUACGGCCUGAUCUAUCGGCAACGUAUGGUGGAUCUAGGGUUCACAGCAAAGGAGACUACCACUAUUGUAAAUAUUAUAAUGAGUCUAUCAUCAUUAGUUGGUAUUAUGAAUGGUGCCAUGUUUCGUCGCUUCUCAUUUCGCCAAGUGGCCAUUGCUGGCAAUAUUUUUAUCUUCACUGGCAUUUUACUGACAGCUUGGUGUACCACAUUUUGGCAGUAUGUGCUAAGUUUUUCAGUUAUUUACGGUACCGGCAUGGGCCUCAGCAUGGCUGCUGUGUCGUUGGCAGUGAAUACAUACUUUAAAACUCGCCGACGACGUGCAACUGGCUUUUCUUGGACCAUAACCGGUUUGGGACCGAUUAUUUUCCCCCACAUUACUACGAUCUUGCUCAUCUACUACGGCGCACAGGGUACGAUACUAAUUUAUGCCGCCAUUGCGUUAAAUGCGCUCUUGUGUGCGAUGACUCUGCAGCCCGUGCUAUGGCAUACAACAAAACCCAAGGAAUCAGCAGCAGCGCAACAAACGGCGAAUGCCGAUAACCAGUUGGUCCCACUUGCUCCUACAAAUGAGAAUGAGGAAUAUGAGUGCAAAUACUGUCAAUACAAGAAGCAUCACAAGCGCAGUAUAUUCUCUUCGCAAUAUCUCUUUAACGAAGACGACUUGGAAACUCCGGGCUAUGAAAUAACCGAACCCGGCACACCGAUGAUGGCUCGCGCCAACGACGGUUGGUUCGGUUCGAAGGUGUCACUUGCUGCAGAAAUGAACCCAAUACGCUUGCGUCACAAGGUGAUGCGACAGGCCUCAAUGAAGGCACACAUUUCUGAAAUGGAACAUGAGGAGGAUGAACACAAUGCGCCCGAAUCACGCUUAUAUAAGCCGAACUACUUCAAUCGUGAACGUGAAGAUUACGAUCGUUACACCAGCAAGGGUAGCAUCUAUUCAAAGUCCGGUGUUGAGGAAUUGCAUUGCACUUGCGCAGAGGAGAAAGCGUUGCUGCAAAAGAUCUCCGACGAGGAGCUGAAACGCGAACAGGAAAAAUUGAAAAUCGACGAAGCGGCAGAAGAGUUGGCCAAAAGCAAAAUGAGUUUCAAACAAAAAGUAGUCAAAUUCUUCGAUUUAGAUCUGCUGAGAGAUUUUACCUUCGUCAACUUAGUUAUGGGCAUGACGAUUAUGAUGUUUGCAGAAAUGAAUUUCUCCGUUUUGACGCCCUUCAUUCUCAACGAAUAUGGCUAUACUAACGAACAAAUCUCAACAGCCAUGUCAGUGCUGGGCGGCAUGGACAUUUGUGUGCGCUUUUUGGCGCCAUUCGCAUUGGAAAAGGUUAAGCUUGAUAAUCGGGUACUGUUCGCUUUUGGGAUUAUUGCCAUUGCCAUUGGGCGCAUGUUUGUCACGAUGACAAACUCUUAUUACAUGGUGUUGAUACUUUUCGUGCUGAUCGGUUUCGGUAAAGGCUUCCGUACCAUAUUUUCGCCGCUAAUUAUACCAUCGUAUGUGCCAUUAAAACGCUUGCCAGCUGCUUCUGGUUUACAGCUAGUUUUUAACUCAUUAUUCUCACUGGCGUUGGGACCUAUUCUAGGCACGAUAACUGACGCCACUAGUUACACGAUUACCAUUCACUUCCUCAAUUUACUGACUACUUUGGCACUUUUGCUAUGGAGCAUUGAGUCCAUGGUGCGCCGCAUAUUGGGAAAGAAGGCCAAAAAGACGGUGGACGGCUGAGGAGCAAAACUAGAAUUCGUAUAGUGUUAGACAAGGUUGUGCUAAGGAUUAUUGAUUCAUCGCCCAGUAAAUUGUAGUGCCUUAAAAUUGGAGUUGAGUUUGUACUUGUUGUAUGAUUUGUCUAUCUAUGUAUGUACUACCCUGUAAAAAAUUGUGACUAGUCCAGCAAGUGUAUGGGUUUAGUUUUGAAGAAACACGCGUCUAUAUCACUUUUUAUCGAGAAAUUUUAUAGAGACUAAUUAUCUUUUUUAAUAAUAAAAUGCAUAAUGGAUGAUCGUUUGGUUUGAAAAUGCAUUGCUUAAGCACAGUCAUAUCCUUGCAUUGUCAAUGGUGUAUGUAAUGUAUUAGAUCGGGACUAAUCAAUGCCCAUUAGUACGCCAUGGCGAUUAACCCAUUUCUGCUGUCUUUAGAGAGUAGUCGCAACAUUUUUCAGGGUAGUACACGGUUUUUUUUUUGUAUGUACUUGCAUGUAUGUAUGCCUGUUUACGCACAAUUUUAUACAUCGGUUAGAUACUUUUAUUAAAUUUUAUUAUUCGAAAUUUUGAUAGCAUUUUUAGGUACUUAAAUAUUUUUCCACUACUCUUACUUCCGUUUUCACGAAAGCAAUUUGAAUGAAAAAUAAUUUUUUCUGUCAGUUUCCAUCCUAAACACAAAUAAUAAUAUCAUUUUCCACUUAUGUAAACGGCUUUCGUGAAACUGGCUUUUAUAAAUUAAGACUUUUAUAUUUUUAAUGGUUAACCGUAUAAUACUUAAGCACUUUGGACUUCAUUAUAAUAUUAUUAUUAAGUAAAGUUUUUAGUCAAAGUAAAGCUGUUCUGGAAUAUGCGAAAAUCGUACAUACUCGGCACUUUUCGCUAUGCAUAUGCAUAUGUCUGUACUUAUGUAUCUUUUGAAUAUGUACCACCAUUUCAGAAAUUUCUAUCGUGUAAACUUGUUUAAUGUCGACAGCUAGUUUUUUCUUAAGUACUUACGCUCCUCGUCAUUUGAAUAGUGCAUCCUUUUAGCCCUUAUUACUCACAGUUCUCCUUUUAUUUAUUUAAUAUUCAUUAAUUUUUUAUAAAACCAUAGCAUGUAAAUCCGAUUUUCAAGUUUUACAGAAAUUAAAAAGAAAAACAAACUUUGUUGAGGUUUGUUUUUUGAUCUGUCCUAAUGACCAACAGUCAAUGAAGUAAUAAUAUUUUUACUCAAAUUUCCGGUAUGCAGUUUUGUAGCCCUUGCUGUUUUUGUAAAAUAAACUGCAAGUUUCGAGAGGCUACAAAAUACCGUUUAUUUUCGACAGUUUUCUUUGUUGACAAUGUCAUGCAUUUUCUUCCAUACAAAAUAUGCACGACAAAAUUUUUAUAUGGAAGAAAAUUCGCAGCUCAAACUACAAUAAAAGAAAAUUUCAAAAAUCAAUGCUAUUUUACAGCCUCUUCAAACUUGUACUAUAAUUGAAUGGGCUAUAAGACUGCACAUUCCAAAUUUUUCCAAAAAUAUUGUCAACUUAUUCACUGCAGGUCA